UCACGUGACCCACGCUAACCGCCAUCUUUCCUUAUCGUAUAAACAGUGCGACCGGGCGCAGCGCGAAUUCUCCCCGUGGAAUCGUGGAUUUCCCAGUGUUUUUGAGUGAUUCGCACGCGAAGAGAUGUCGGACGCCAAGACGGAGACCAAGAGCGACAACAACGUCGAGGAUGCGUCCAAGGAACAGUCGACGGAGGAGAAACCGACCCCGACGAAAAACAAACGAAGCGGCAGCAAGAGGCUCUCCACUCUCGAGAGGACCGCUCAGGAGGGUGAGGCAAUCUUGAAGGGCAUGAACAAAUCCGUCGGUGAGGUAGAAGGCAGGAGACGUACUCGCAGUUCAGCGAGGGGCCUAACUUCAACAACGCCAGUGCCAUCGCCACCUAAGAAGGAGAAGAGGGAAACGUCGUCGCGGGGCGGCGGCGGCGGCGGCGGUCGCGGACGUGGACGUCCCAAGAGGCAGGAGAAGAACAAUGAGAACAACACGGACGAGGAGACGUCCAAUAACAAAAGCGAAAAGCACACGGAAGAGGAGUCUACGAAGAUGGAGGUAGACGAGGAGAAGGAGGAGAAGGAGGAGAAGGAGAGCAAGGCGAUACAGAACGAAGACAAAAACACCGAGGGCGUUGACUGUAAAGACAGUAAAGACGCUGAGAAGGUGACCGAUGCCAAUUCCAAGGACGAGAAGAUAACGGUGGAGUCGGAGAACGUGGUGGACGAGGCUAAGAACACCGCUCCCAGUGAAGAAAAGAAGCAGGAGGACGUGAAGGACAGCUCGGACUCGAGUCAAGAUGCGACAGACACAGCAGCGGAAGCGCCGCCUUUAUCCUCAUCGGAAUCCCAAAAUCCCUCCAACACUGUUACUACUGAAGAAAACAAGGAAUAACCUCCCUUCGCCUGUUUUACCACUACUUUUAUGAGGUACCAAGGCGGCGCACAUAUUGGGGUCACACAAAUCCAGUCCCCCUCGUCUAUUUUAACUAAUUAACACCUUCUUGUCGAUCGUUGCUUCAACCAGCGCAUCAAAGUUCUACUUAAGUUUUGUCAUUAUCUCUAUAGGUGCGCGCAACGCAUGUUCCCGACGAACAUAACGAAAAUAUCGUAGAAUCCGCUGCUACGCUAGUACGAAUUAGCAUUUUAGAGAUUGACUCAUUUUUUUCUCUCUCUCUCUCUCUCUCUAUGUUAUAUACUAUUAUGUCUUCGUAGAAGAAAUAUCAUUGGUCUCUCAUUAGUCUGAGAUGAUAACAAUCUGAAGGAUUAUGAUUCUGGGAAGAUCGUAUUGUAAGAAGAGAUAGCUAACUCGUUAAUCUAGCAUUAAUUUGAAUCCAUAUGAUCAGACAUAACAAUUUUGUUUACAUUCUUUUUAACGUUUUGAAAAUCUUUGUUCCCUUUUCUUCCGCAUUAUUGCUAUCACUACGUUGGAGCAUCAAACUCUGUGAAGCUAACUCAGUCAAAUUAAUUUUUGUUUAAUCAGAUUAACAAGUAUCCUUUUUUUUAUGGUGUUCUAUGUAACAUGUAUAAUAUAUUAUAUUAUUUGAAAUUUUAUUCUGUUUGUCGAAUAAUAGAAAAAUCUUGUCAUUGCGCUGGUUAAUUAGCGAUAAGCAACGCGAGGUGUAGAGCAUACGUUGUUCAUGUACAAUGAUAAUAUUAUUGUAAAAUAUAUUUAAUAUGGACUUAUAUAGAGAGAAGUUGUUUUCAAAUCAGAGCUGACAUCCGGGUCCUAUAGUAUAAUGCCUUCGAGUCAGAUCUGAUGUGGAAGUAGCUAAAGAUUAAUUCGUACAUAGCAAAUUACUGUAAUACCUUUAUCGUAUAUAAAUAGUGACUGAAUGAAGUGGAAUAUAUGAGAACUAUGGUGAAAUGAUUUCUCUUUUUCAUGGAUUAAGCGGAAAUAAAAUUUCUGAGAAACGCGUUGCAGCGUUAUCUAUGUUUUCCUCCCUCGCAUAAUAAGUGUCUACUAAUAAUUUUUUAUCAAUCUUCUAAUCCUUUCCGCCGAUAAACGAACUAACGCCGUCGAGUCUCUUUUGGGCGAUCGAGAGAAUUGUUCAUCGAGUGAAAAUCUUGUUCACUCCAAGUCAUUAUUACUUUUUAUUGCGAGAUCUUUCAGCGCAUCCCUACUUUUAUUAGUCCAAUAUUAAAUAUGUUAAUAUUAUUGUGUAUUUGAACUGUUGCGAGUGUACAGAUAGAUUAUACAAUUGAUGCACUUAUAUCUAGAGGAAAUUGCACACACACACUUUGAGACACCAAUAAUACGUGAAUCUAAUACAGUAUGUUUUAUUAUGUAAAUGUGUGCAAUGAUGAGAAAGGGAUUCUCGUAGAAACGCGGGGAUCUUGCAAUGAAAAUUAACUACGCGAUUAAACUCGAAGGAUUUCCUGGCCUUUAUGCCAAAUAGAUUUGCCUAUAUACCGAAUAUGUAAUAGCACAGAGUAUAAAUAUAUCCUUGUAAGUUGCACUCCCGAAGCAUGUUUAUCGAAACUGUACGUUACGAAGGAACAUAGGUCUUAUCAUUCCAUUUUCCUUUCUUUUUCUUUUUUUCGUUUUUGUCAAAUCGGUGAUGUUCACGAGUAUGUCCACCUGAGAUUUUCGAUUGUAAAUAGUCAAGAUCAAGUGUAAUAUACGUGUAAAUAGUUUAACAUUAAGCUUCGUGUAUCACACUGGACCUUUUCUUGAUUACCUUGUGAAAUCUCAGUUCUUAGAGUGCCUCUAGCGUUAGCACGUUGUAUGAUAUACGAGCGUAGAAUUCCGGCGAUUGAAAUCAAAACCAAGCCCUGUAAUAGCGUGUUUACGUAAACCUUACAGCUUUUAAAGAUGUAUCGUAGAGAUAAUUUUCUUUUUCGCAUGUAUCUUACAUGGGGGAGACUAUUGUACGGUUCGAUAUUAGAAUUUCUAUGAAAUAUAUAUGCAUAUGUAAGAAA